UUGCCGUUACAAUACCUGUGCGACACUCUUGCAACGGUUGGAUAAUCGUCGCCGUGCGGCGGAGGCUAAACGAAGAAAUAAAAAGCCUUGGAAUGUUACUACUACCUCGGCCCCUCGUCCCCCACCAGCAAAUCCUGUUCCUGCUCCCCGUGCUGCCGCUCCAGUCGCUAAUGUACCUGCUACGGAAAGUCAUCCCUCGUCCCGCCCGGGAGGUGAUGUACCAAUGGAUCUGUCUGGAGGACGUCGUCGCCCCUCCCCUGCCGAAAGAAAUGCCCGCUUAGUUGAGGGCCGAUGUUUUUAUUGUGGAGGUGUUGGACAUAUGGUUAGGGAUUGCCCCCAAGCGAGGGCAACUGGAAAUCAACCAAGAAGACCUGUGAUGAGGGGAGCAGCAUUGACGGUAGAGGAAAAUGAUGGAAGCGAUAAUGAGUCGGCAAAAGAUUUGUCCCUGCACUAA